AUGUCCGGACCAUUGCGUCCCUUGACAAGACUUCUUGAGUUCUCCAGGCCUCGGCACCGUAGUGGCACUCCUGCCACCAAGCUCUUUCACAACGUCGCUGCUGCUCGCGACGUGACGCGCUUCGCCGAGGGCGAUCGAGUGCUGAUCGAUGGAUCGAAACUCACCUUCCCAUUGGCAAGGAACGCCAGAUUCGAUCUCGGGAAAGGCCAGCUCCAACUCAACGACAUUAUAGGCAAGCCGGUCACGUCGGCAUAUAUCCGCUCCUCCAAAGGCAGCCUGCAUAGAGUCGAACUUCCCUCACUGGAGGACUAUGUCACACUUACACCAAGGCUCGUGACGCCUGUGUACGCGAGCUAUGCCUCUACCAUUGUUUCCUUGCUUGAUAUCCAUCCCCGGCCAUUUGCCGAGGAGCACGCAACAAACGGGAGUCUCCCGCGCAUAGAUAUUCUAGAAGCAGGUACCGGCCACGGCAGUCUCACGCUGCACCUCGCUCGCGCAAUCGCCGCUGCGAACCCACCUCCUCCUACCGCCGAACUGCCCAAGUCCCGUCAAUACAGCGAUCCCACGGCCGUCACGCCGUCGGCCCCUGCGGAACCUGAAUCCGCCGAGACGCCCACAGCCACAUCCGCACUCACACAAACCUGGUCGCAAUGGAAAUCUUCCCGCCGGGCAGUAAUCCACACCAUCGAAGCGGUCCCCUCGUACAGCAGCCACGCUGAGAAGAUCGUGCGCGGUUUUCGAAGAGGUAUAUACUGGCCCCAUGUCGAUUUCUACACUUCCUCUCUCCAAGACUGGCUUGUCCACCACUCUCACGGCGACACUGGCCAGGCGGAGUAUCUCGACUACGUGUGCCUGGACAUGCCGGGCGUACAUGAGCAAUUAAGACACGUCGCCCCCGCGAUGAAAGAUAACGGGAGACUACUUGUGUUUGUCCCUAGCAUAACGCAGAUCGGCGACUGUGUGCGUGUCAUUGCUGAGGAGGGGCUUGGCCUGGAGAUGGGCAAGGUGCUCGAACUUGGAGAGGGCAUCAGCAGCGGCAGAAAGUGGGACGUAAGGAUCGUAAAGCCUAGAAAGGGCUCUGCCUCUGUCGUCAAUGGUGGAGAGGAAAAGAUCGGCUCUGCCUCCGUGGUCAAUGCUGGAGAGGAAACAGAUGGCUCUGCCACGCUGACCAAUGGGGAAGAGGAAAGGGAAGUCAGCGAGACAGAACCAAUUGCGGUGGACCCCCCCGAAAGCGAACCGAGAGACCAUGAAAGGACCGAUGCCAGUGAACCCGGAACACCAAGCGAGCCAGCUUCCGAAGGAGAAGUCCAGAACCUACCCACACCUCCACCUCUACCUCUACCCACGUUUGGAGGUCAAACGCCAGUCAUGAUCUGCCGGCCUCUCGUGGGCGAACGCACUUUUGGAGGUGGCUUCAUCGCGCUGUUCAGAAAGAUCUCACCUGCGUCGGCAGCAGCCGCGGCAGAAUGGCGACAAAGUCAGACGGGGAGGGCGAAGAAGCGCAAUCGUUAG